GCCACACAAGUCCGGCGAGUCGGCGAGCGUAGAGACACGUAGAGACGCGGCGCGCGUAAGGGCUCUCUGCUGCAGACCGGAAUCGAACCGCGGGUGUUGAAGGUGGUUUCUUCUCUGGCUCCUGUCUUGUUUUCCGAAGCACGCCACGGGGAAACGCGUGACGCACACGCACGUCAAGCGGCAGCACGCAGCGCACUGCAGCAACGUCGGGGUGGCAUUUGCCGUCCGCGUACUGCCCGGUGACCGACCGUGUUGAUUCGGCUGUGUCCGUCCGUCAUAUUAUAUCCCCGGCCCCGAGAGAGUGAGAGAGAGAGCAAGGUUGCUUGCACGUAGUUGGUGUUGCGACGCAGCGCGGAGAGGAGGAGACGGCAGCGGCAGCGGCGUUGGAGGAGGAGGAGGAGGAGGAGGAGGUGGAGGAGGAAGAAGAAGAGACGGACGGCGGACGAUACGUGCGGAGCGGAGCAAGAACGAGGAGCGGAUCGGGGACCGACUGUGUGUACCGGCCAUGGAGAAGCGGAUAGAGCUCGAGAAGCGGGGAAAGAAGCCCGGCGACAUCAAAGAACUUGUUCUUGAUAAUUGCCGGAGUACGCAAAUUGUGGGUCUGACAAAUGAAUUCAGCGCCCUGGAAUCAUUAAGUCUUAUCAACGUGGGUCUUACCAGUCUAAAAGGCUUCCCAAAGUUGUCCAGUCUUAAAAAGUUGGAGUUGAGCGACAAUCGGAUUUCGGGCGGUUUAAAUCUGCUCGAUUCAAGCCCCAAAUUGACUCAUCUGAAUCUGAGCGGAAAUAAGAUCAAAGAUCUCGAUACGCUACAACCGUUGAAAGAGUUUAAGAACCUGAAGAGUCUUGAUCUGUUCAACAAUGAAGUGACAAACAUGGAUAACUAUAGGGAGAAGGUCUUCAAUCUUAUUCCCAGUCUACGAUAUCUUGACGGAUAUGACGCCGAUGAUUGCGAAGUCGACAGCGAAGGGGAGGAUGAUGAAGUUAACGGAAACGAAGAUGGAGAAGGAGGUGGCAAUGAAGAGGACAGUGAAGAAGUUUCAGAUGAAGAAGAUGAGGAUUUCCUAGAUGACGAUCCAGGACUAGACAUUUUCAACAAGGACAAGCUUGUGGAGAGUGAUGAAGAAGAUUAUAUGGGAGAAGAAGAAGAGGAGGAGGAUGAUGAUGAUAAUGAAGAUGAUGAGCAGGAAGAAGAAGAAGAAGAGUCUCCUGUUCGAGGAAAGAAAAGAAAAAUUGAUGAUGUGGGGGAGAACUUGAACGCUUAAGAUGGAAGGGGCUGUCUCUGAUACUGUUGAAUGAGAGAGUGUAAAAUUCGUAUAAAUAAUAACAAUAAUUGCGACACCGAGUGAACAGCUGGGAAUCAAACUAAUCGACCGACCAAUGACAGACUACAGUUAGUGAUAUGAAUUUAUCAGUAAAUCAUUGACUGCGAGAAAAUCGUCUGUGUAACAACAAAAGAUUUAUCGUACGAUAGAAGCGGAACGUGAAAUGCAUGGAAGAAAACUGGGAAGGAAACAGAUAUUGAUGGCAUAAAAAUAGGACUGCAUUCCAGCUGGACACAGCACAGUUUUAGUUAUACUAACGAUAUUUUAUAUAGAGUAUAUAGAGUUAGAGUAUUAGUGGUGUUGCAUAAAGUGGAAGAAAGAUCGAGGAGAGAAAGAGAAAUAAAAAGCGAGAGUGAGAGUGCGCGAAAGGGAUGAAAGAGGGAUAGAUUACGGGGAUGUAGCGAAGUUUUACACUUGAAGGAGCAUCUUGUCUGUUAGCUCCAGUCGGCCAAAGGCUGGUCACGCUGGAAUGCGGUCAUCGUUAAUCAGUAAUAAGGUUACAUAAGUUACAUUUUAAAUACAUUAUUAUUGUACCGUGAAUAAGUAUAGAGUAAACAAGGAACAACUUUUGUACAGGUUUACACCAUACAUCGAGGUGCAUUAUAUGCCUCUGUGAUUUUUGGGACAGAAAAUAAAGAGAGAGAAAUAUAUGUUACUCGUAUAUUCGAUGAGGGUGGGAUGGAGAUUAUAGGAGAAAUAAAACAAAAAAAUAGGACGGUCACUAUGAUGCUAGCGAAUUGUGCGCGUUCUCCGCGAGAACGUUCUACAUUACGGAGAUGUUUGAUAUCAACAAGAGACGGAUAGCGAAUAGAAAAUAUCGUAAUAUUUAUAUUAUUGUUUUCAAUCGCGUGAUUCCGACAACAGAAGAGAGACGAGAGGGAGUUAGAUCGUUUAUAUCUAAUCUAAAUAUACGUGGAACACACGAAAUUCUCCGGUACAUCUCGAUCGACGUGUCGAGCAUUGCACGUGUAAACGCGGACCCAGUGUUAUCCUAACUUUUUUCUAAUAAGUUUUAAGUUCCAGAUAUUCUAUAUACAACGGCGAUUAGCCGCCCGGCGCAUGGCUGUUAGGAUUAUUGUUAUUUACUCUCGGGCAUUGCGUAAAUGUUGUGCUCUGUUAUAACGUAAAAGAAUUUGAUUAUUACGAUUUACGAUAUUCUCCCACUUUUGAAGAUAAUUGUACAGUUGUAUACUUUUUUUUUCCUUUUUUUUUUUAUAUGUAUAUGUAUAUAAGGCAUCACAGAUUUAUCGUAUUUUCUUUUAUCUAUAUGUAUAUUGUUCAAAUAUGAGGUUAAUAUUCUUUAAUAGAACAAAAUAAACGAGACAGUAAAUAUCAAGAAGUACUUUUGUUUUAAUGGAAGUUUAAUAUUAUUCAAUUCUUUAAAUAUUUGAUAUUGAAAAUUAAACAAUUGACGAAUGAGUUUCCAUUAAAAUGAAAAAAAUGAAAUAUUUAAUAUUUUAAACUAAAGGAAGAUACGAUAAUUCUAGGACAUCCUGUGUAUGCCAAAGUAUAAAGAAUAAAUUAUAUUGAUUGAUAAUGUGAUUAAUUUUUCUAUAUAACCGCAGUAGGCCUCAGUCUUUGGAACGAAUUACUAAGGAAAGAAAAGUCAACAUCGUGUGCGUCAAACAAUUUUAACCUUUAAUUUCUGUCUCUGAAGUUACCAUUGCGCUGAUACAUUUCGUGAUGAAUAAUGAAGUGCGAAGUUGAGAGGUAAUGUGAAGAUUUAUCAAUAUAUUAUGAUUAAUAUUAAAUUACGAGUAUGAUUUUAAGAAACAAAAUAUUUACACUUGCGCUUUCGCACUUUUGAAUUGUACUAAAGUCAGAAAGGCAAAAUUAGAUUUAGGGCAAGAACAAAAAAAUGUGAGAGACACAUUUAACGAGAUAGGCGCAAGAUAAAGGGACUUGCAGGAUGGAUCAGACGAUGUAGUUAAUGGUGAGACUGCGACGAGUAGACUGGGACAGGGACAACCAAUUAACUACGUAAUCGUGUGAGAAUGGAUGGGAGUUUAGUGACAAGUAAGAAUGCGGAGAGAAAGAGAGAAAGGAUCGGUUUUAUAAGAAAAAAAAGAAUAAAAAAAAUAAUUACGCGGUAGUAUCGAGAGGACCUGGCGCCUCCUUGUCGCCAGUUUGGUUAUGGCCUUAUCCAAUUUUUCCAAGACUAAAAGCAAAUUUAUAUUAGGUACAAUGAGUAUAUGUGAACAUGUACAGGUCCAAAUCUGUAAAUUUCCAAUCUGCAAUUUGUAAUUGCGGCUCGCGCGGAAGCGUUUAUUAAGCGUUAAAUUAUAAAUAUAAUUAAGAAUUUAAAUUAUAAAUAAUUGAAAACACAUUCCGCGCGCCCCGCGAGACACGUGUGUACUAAACACAUACACAUACACACAUAAGACACACGUAAACACACUUUUGUCAAUUGCGAUUUUGGAUAGACCAUUUAAGUAAGGGGAAAAAAUGAAAAUUUGUCUAUCACCUUCUAUUAUCAGAUAUAUUACAUCUGUGUAUUGUCUGUCCGUUCCGUUGUUAAAAUGGAUUUUUAUCAUAACGUUUGUUUAUUUCAAGCAAUCCUCAUCACACAAAAUAAGAAAAAAUAAUUUAUUAAUAAAACCAUUUACAAAUCAA